AUGUUUUUGUACGGCGGGAGCGCUAAGAAUGCUGGGACCUACUGGCUUAGUUUUCGAGACGAGGAAGCAAGGAAAUCUAGGAUCGAUAUCUACUUUCCUGGGCAGCUCCAUAGGAGAGGUCUUGGAAAUCUGAAGAGAUGGAACCAGCGAAUACUUUACGCCAAGACGGCGAGUCUAAAGGAGCUGACCACAAGUUCUGAAGAGGUCACUCUUCUGUCUUCUCUGAAACCUUUAGCUUCUUGUGCAGUUCCCUUUCUUCUUUCCUCAGGUGUGUUAGCUCACUUGGAAAGACUGGAGACUCAGAUGAACAGAUCUCAGAAACAACUUGAACCACAGACAGCACAGGCAGAGGGAAGUACUCUUAGCACCAGGAUUCGUAAACUGAGACUUAUACGAGAUAAGCUGAGGGCUGAAGUGAAGCAACGGCAAGCCAGGGUUGAAGUAUCAGCUGACAGUGCAAAACAUGACCAAACAUUAAAGACAAGUGAAAGAGAAGAUUUAGAGACAAAACGGGAGAACAUGAAAGCCAUUCUACAGGCCUACCGGUUUACAGGGCUCAGUGGUAAACUGACCAGCCGAGGAGUCUGCAUCUGUAUCAGUACUUCUUUUGAGGGGAACCUCCUGGAUUCCUAUUUUGUGGACCUUGUCAUACAGAAACCGCUUCGGAUACAUCACCAUUCAGUUCCAGUUUUCAUUCCUUUAGAAGACAUAGCUGCAAAAUACUUACAGACGGAUAUUCAGCACUUCCUGUUCAGUCUUUGCGAAUACCUAAAUGCCUAUGCUGGGAGAAAGUUCCAGGCAGAUCGACUUCAGAAUGAUUUUGCAUGCUUUCUGGCUGGGCCCUUGCAGAAAAACUCACUGUGCAACUUGUUGUCAUUUACUUACAAAGUGGAACCAACGGGCCAGACUUUUCCGUUUUGUGCUAGACUAUUGUAUAAGGAUCUCACAGUAACUCUCCCAACUGAUGUCACCAUUACAUAUCAAGGGACGGAUGCAUUAUCCACUUCAUGGGAAGAACAGCGAGUCUCCCAUGAGAAUCUAUUUCGUACAAAGUCACUACAUAACGUGUUCACUUCAUUUGCAAGUGGGGAGCAGUUGGAGAUGAGCCUGCUCUUCUAA